GCAGGGACGGCCGAUUGUUUGCGCCUCACUCAACCCACGUUUCACCCACCGCCCGUACUACACUGUACAAGUGACGUACAUUGUACCCCACGAUGGCCUCUGGGUUAUGGAUCGAAGCGAUGCUCUUGGUGGCAAGACCUAUCGGGAAAACACGAACCCCCAAUUGCGAGCACAGAGUUGCGCCAAAAUUUUAUGGCUGUUACCCCAAGUACCCUUAAUCUCCGCGGUGCGGACGAUGACCUCGGUGAAAUAACAAAUAGAUUGUUGUCUAUCGAUGGAAGCAUCUCCUCUUUUGCAGCUAGUCUCGCCCUACUCCUCUAACUGACUUGGGGGUUGUCGUUUUCACUGUACCGUUUGCUAAUAACUAGCUCCUCGGACUCCAAUGCGCACCCCUCUGCCUCUGCUUCUGGCUCUAGCCGGCUUCCCGGCCGCCGUUUUGGCCGAGGAUACGACGCUCAUCGACGGUCAUCUUUCAGGACCUGUAGAAAAUGAACACUCGGGAGACUUAAACUUGGUUGAACGAUACCCCCUUCCCGAGCCGCAAUGCGGCAGCUGGGUGGGUGUCGAGGUGAUCUUUAUGGUUGAAGUCACUGAGGUCUGCCCGGAGGGGUCAACAGUGACCGAGACUUACACCCAAUGCGUGGAGACACUCACUCGUUCCAUUUGCGCAACGGCGAUGACAAACCGUCCCUGCUAUCCCUGCAUCAUGGGCACGCCACCGCCAUCCGACACGGCGACAGUCACAAUGACCUCCUGCGCAACCGCAACCGAGCAAACACUGACCGUAACGGUCCAACUCUGCAGCACAUGCACGACCGCAACCUACGUCGGCCCCAUCCCGGGCUACACCCCCGGCGGGCCCUGCCACGGGUGCACCCCAUACGGCAGCGGCAGCGACAGCGGCUUGUCGUCGUCAUGCUCAGAAGAGGGCGGCUCGGCCACGCCGGCCAUUACGACAACGACAACGUCAACCUCUACCAUUACCGUAAGCGUAUCGGGCUGUGUCGAGUCUGACGUGAGCUCUACUCGCAGUACGCCGCCUGGAAACCCGUCUGUCUCGUUGACGACGUCCCCGACGAACACCCCUUACCGGCCUACUACGGCGCCUCCGGCUGUUACGGCGGGCGGUGUUCGGAAUGGGGUUGUUGGCUUUGAAGCUCUGAUAGUGAGCUGGGUGAUGAUGUGUGCUUUCUUGGGGAUGUAGCCGUGGAUUUGGGUUUCUCGUUUAUUUCUUGCUUAUAAGGAGCCCCUUUCCUUCCUUCUUAUUCCCGAGUUUCGAGAGUCUCUUAUCGAGACUGCCCGUUUAUUCCUAUCUCCAUUCUUAAUGUCAUAUCAAACAGAAACGUCUCUGUGUAAGCGACAAUGC